AUGAUGCAAACGGCUAUUACGAAACGUUUGGGCAAGCGUUUCUGGAUGCAAAUCGUGUAUGUGCUCGCUUCGUUGAUCGUUACUAUCGGGCCAGAACGCUAUGUGGAGGUUUCCGAGUGCUCUCCAAAAGCACAGCCUGUGGAAAUUGGACAUUCA